UUGCAGGUGUGCUUCGAAUGUGGUGCAAGCAAUCCUCAGUGGGCAAGUGUAACAUACGGAAUAUGGCUGUGCUUGGAUUGUUCCGGUCUGCAUCGUGGCUUGGGUGUGCACGUCAGGUGCUGUUCAGUUAACCUACCGACGAAAGCCAGUGAUAGUGAGCUGAACAAAAUGAAAGCUGGUGGCAACAGUAGCGGGUUGGAAUUCCUGAAAAGUCAGCCAGAUUAUCGGCCAAGCUGGUCGCUUCACGAGAAAUACAAUUCACGAGCUGCUGCACUCCUAAAAGAUAAGGCAUCAACAGUUCGACUAGCCUAUCAGCAUAUUAUGGUGGUAAUGCAACUCAAAUUGGAACCGAUUCGUAUAAUUCGGAGUUUGGGUUGGAAUAUGCUUAGCAAAGGUGCAACAACAGCAGCAUCCUAUGCCAAAGAUAUUGGUUCUCAGGCAACAGCUAAAGCUACUGAACUUGGUGGAACUGUUAGUGAAAAGGUCUGUUUUAGGGGUUCUUUUUCUUUUCAAAAUACCAAAAAAUCGUAUUUAGUAAUAAAUGCUGAUAAAGUACAACUCUUUUUUAUUCGUAGUCUUAAAAUUUCGUAAUU